AUGUUAAAGAAGAAAAAUUAUUUUAAGCUGCUAAGAAGAAGUAUAAAGGUAAAAAAAAAGCAAUCACCUAAAUAGAUAGAUCCAAAAAAAUAAAUCAAAAAACUAUGCCAAGCUAAAAAACAAAUAAAUAAAUAUUGUGAUUCGAAAUAAUAAAUCAUGAAAACAUACAUAUAUAUUCAAUCAAGAAUUAAAAAAUGGUUUGAGUCAGGCAAGAAAAAUACCAAGAAUUAAAAUUGUAAAAUAGUAGAACAUACUGAUUAGCAUAUUCAUGAAAAUUUAUUUGAGCAAGAAUGUGUUUGUUUAAAUUAGAGCAAAUAUACAAUUUGA